AUGGAAACACGCUCGCACGAUGAGCUCCACAAUGAAAUAUACCAAGAGGUCUAUGCACUCUUGGAAAGGAAGGACGAGGAGGCUCUACGGUUCGCGCCUGAUGGGACGGCUGAGCGGGUACUGCACGCAGACAAACUCCGGCGCUUCUUCCGCAGUCUGCUCGACCCCGACCAGACGACCCUUGACCAGUUCAAAGCCACGGAAGAUGAACUGAUUACGAUAGUCAAGGAAAAACGGCUUGAACCAUUCCUUGCGGUACUGAUCAUCGCAGGAUGCUCCAUGACAACCGCGAGAACGGCCACCACCAAGCUCAUUGUCAAUACCCCACCAAGGAGUAGGCAGGGAGCUUUUAUCGGGUCUCUACCUAUCAGCCAGGAAGACCUCCGCCACAUCUUCAAUGGUAAUCAGGUCGAUACAGACAAAUUCCUGGGAAAGCAGGCGUAUUUCUGUGCCGUGGUAAUCCAGAACACGCCGGAAACCAGAAUCGAGGAUACCAAUUACCGACGACUCCCUUAUCUGGAAGAGCAAAGCCUACGCCAGGGGUCCUUUGGACAUGUAUUCAGGGUGAAAAUAGCAAAGGGCCACUUCCGCGACCGCGUUCGCAAGACCGUGAACCCAGAGCCCCUGGAAAUAGCGCGCAAAGACUACGAGCCGAGCAGUGAGUUCGACCCUGCGGGAGAACGGGAAAUAAUGGAGCAAAUAUUUGCAAGUUCUGCUUCGAGCUGCCCGAACAUUUUAAACAACUUGGGCAGUCUCGCGUUCGGGUCGACGUACAGUCUUUUCAUGCCGCUCGCGAUCUGCGAUCUCCGUCAAUACAUGAUGCAGCUUCAUCAAGGACGCCUCAACAGCGCUGGGGAACGAAUGGAGAUCCUUCGCUGUGCCAUCGGCCUUACCGGAGGUCUUCACUUCCUUCAUCGCGAAAUAAGAACUCCAGAUAUGGUGCAUCUAGUCUGCUACCACAUGGACCUGAAACCGAGCAACAUUUUGAUUUUUAGGGAAACCGGUAGAGAUGGUGAAAUACACAACAUUUGGAAAAUUAGUGAUUUUGGCAUGUCACGCAUGAAGAUCAAACGUUCCCAGGAAAGAAUUGAAAAGGAGAAGGACGUCAAUAGCUGGUUCAUCCGGCGCGCGGCCCCAGAGGAUCCAUCGACGGCACCAACGAAAAAUCGAAGAGCGGAAGGAACAUACCUGCCUCCUGAAUCAGCCUCCCCGGAACCCACAAUGAAGACACAUAGUGAUGUGUGGUCUCUGGGAUGUGUUUUGAGUGUAGUCUUCAUGCAUAUAGAAGACGGAAGCGAGGGCGUGACAAACUACGCGGAACAACGGCUGAAACAGGAUGACGCCGAGGGCUAUGACAGAUUCUUUGUUCCGACUCGUGGAUUUAAAGCUGCAAAGGUGAACCCCGCGGUCAGGAAGACUCACGCGUAUCUUGUUCAGAGAGCAGGCAGCAGGAGUCUCGAGGAAGGACACCUGGUGAAGGUUGCGCUGGAAUUUCUCGAGAACCAUGUUCUACAAAUAGACCCGCGCAAGCGGCAGGAUGCAAAGAAAGUCGAGUCCAUGCUUGAGCGCACUUUCAAAGACUACAUGAAACUGUCGACUGGUCCUAGUGUGGCGAAAGCACCCCCAAAGCCGCGACGUGAACGCAUCCGACAUGUCAUGACAAGUAUCAACACAAAGCACAGCGAGAAUGUGCAUGGUACAGCGGAGACAUGGUGUUUGUCUGAAGUUGAAGCGUUCAAGGGCUGUCAAAUAUCCCCUGACUGCUCAUUUGUCGUCUACUGGACAGACCGAAAGAUAUUACUUUACUCGAAGCGUUCCCUCCACUCUCCCAACGCGCAUGAAAUAACCUCUACCUCUCAGUAUACAAUAGACCAAGAAGCUUUCUUUUGGAAUACCACCCGCUUGACCGACAAGUACCUGGUUGCAUCUACAACAAGCGCCACCUUUCAGUGUUAUAUUUUUGACCUCAGAGACGGUGGCCUCAAUAGACUCCGCAUAGUCGAUUUGCCACAGCCUUCUAUCACGAAACUAGCCAUUUCACCGAAAAGCAAUUCACUGGCAUGCGUUGUGAGAUCCAGCGAGGACGAUCGUAAAUCCGGAUCUUUACUGAUUUUCCGACUUUCUGAGUUCUUUGGAAGGGUAUCAAGGCUUGCUAGACGCGCCGUCGGAGAAGUGGCCCACCAGAGUGCCGUUCCUGAUGAACUGCCCGACAUUUAUGAAGAUACAUGGUGGAAGUGCCCGCUGGAAUGGCCAGCCCGCAAUAUAGCGCGAAUGCUGUUUAGUACCGAAAAAGACGUAUACUUUGUCGUGCGACCUGAGCUUACCGUCCGAAACAGCGGGAAAAGGGUUUACCUUGUGCACGUAAAUAUAUCCAACAAGGACCUUCAUUUCCUGCCGAUAGAACCGUUGGGACAUGACAGCAGCACCACUGCCCGUCUAUUUACAACUUUCUCUCCAUUCAUUGGAGAAUCUGCUAUGUGCGCCGUCGUGACGAGAGAAAAACAGUUACAUAUACUCAAUCUAAUGGCCGAUGAUUCGGCAACUCCUAUUCGAAAGGAUAUCAAGAACUAUCGAAUCGUGAAGUUACUGAAAGGAUCCGAAAACAGCAGAUUAUACGCGGUCGCCAGACAAUCAGCCAACUACAAAAUGAUGUUGAUGGAGAUGACAGUACCACGAUCGAACGAAGACCAAAUCAAGACCAGGGAGCUGGCACACCUGCCGGAUCUAUCGGGCGACGACCAGUUCAUUGCAAGGCUGCUCAACGAGACAAACGGUAAGAGUGUUUUGAUUGCAUCGGUGGUCGGGAGCGGCCAGCGCGCGAUCCAUAGAGUCGGGUUUGAGAGUCAUCAGUAG